AUGGAUAUCACAGAACCAACCCCCGCCGCUCCCGUAGCACUCUUCAAGAAACGCGGCGGCAAACCUAGUUUCAGGAAACGCGCCGCCACUCCUCCCCCGGCCUCAGACAGCGAUUCCGGGUCUUACUCCUCCGAAGAAGACGACUCCGGGCGCAAGAUCAAACGCAGAAAGAAGAACACCGGCGCCGUCACCGUAUCCUCCAAGGAUAGCAGCUCAAACACCACCGACCAUACAGUAACAAAGUUUACCGCCGACCGCAGCGCCACCAUCAAGAGCUCCAACGACGCUACCAAGCAGACCAACUGGUACGACGAGAAUGCCACCGAUGCACUUUCCAGUAAGAACCUGCUGGGCAGCACGAGAGCUGCGCCAGCCGAGGGAACGUAUAAGGGUCUGGCAAACGCCACUAAAUUCAUCCAAAAGAACCCCGAUGCGCCGAAUCGAAUUGUCGGCCCAGUAAAGGCCCCUACCAACAUCCGCACCAUCACCGUCACGGAUUUUGCGCCAGACGUCUGCAAAGAUUACAAACAAACAGGCUUCUGCGGUUUUGGCGAUAACUGCAAAUACCUGCACGCUAGAGAGGACUAUAAAGCCGGUUGGCAACUCGACAAGGAAUGGGAGAAUGUCACCAAGGGAAAGAAAGUCAUUGGCGGCACGAAGAUAGCAAGUGCCGACCGCAAUGCAGAGGAAGAAGACUCUGGGGAUGAGGACGAGGCGCUGGCAGGAAUUCCGUUUGCGUGUGUGAUAUGCAAGGAGAAGUACAAGGAUCCCAUUGUGACAAAGUGUGGGCAUUACUUCUGCGAGAGCUGUGCACUGAAGCGAUAUAGGAAGGAUCCGAGUUGUGCUAUAUGUGGGACGGGAACGGGCGGGGUAUUCAAUGUGGCCAAGAAUUUGAAGAAGCUGUUGGAGAAGAAGAGAGCGAGGGCCGCGAGGAGGAGAGAGAAGGCUAUUGAGGCGGGAGAGGAAGUUAGUGAGGAUGAAGAGGAAGGCGAGGAAUGA